UGAGAGCCAACCCAUCCAGAGCCUUCCCUCCUCCAGCCCAUUGUCCCAUCUGCAGAUGUCCGCAAUUGGCUGGUGAAUUUAUUUAGGCUCCAAUGACUGUUCCAACACACCCAUGCCAGCUGGAAGAGAUGUCCUAAAUCCUUGUUGGAGCCCAGGGUUUGGAGGGCAUCAGGAGUGGCAGAAGCCUGGCAGGGGACUGAUGAACCUGAUGGUGAUCAUGCCUGUCUCCAAGCCUUGUCUGCUUAGUUAUUGGACUGUCCCUUGGUGAGAAUACACAGGAAGAAAGGGGUAGCUGAGAUCUGGACAAUGCAAGCACAGGAAUUAGUGACCUUCAAGGAUAUAGCUAUAGAUUUCACCCAAGAAGAGUGGGCCUUGCUGGACACAUCCCAGAGAAAGCUGUACAGAGAUGUGAUGCUGGAGAACAUCAGUCAUCUGGUCUCUGUUGGAUAUCAUCUCUGCAAAUCAGAUGUGAUUUCCCAGUUGGAACAAGGAGUGGAGCUGUGGAGGGAGGGCAGAGGAUUUCUCCAGGGCCUGAAUCCAGACAGGAAAAGUGGCCUUAAGAGACAAGAAGACAUCUGCAAAAAGGACCCGUCUAACUGCAUGUCAACGACCCACAGAACGUACAACAGCAAGAGUGAACCUUGAGACAUGAUAGUGGUCAGCCUGUCAUUGAAUCCUGCUGUUCUGAAAUCUGAGGUUUCCCACUGCCUGGUUGCUGCAGGAAGAAAUGUAACUUUGUUUUACCUCAGUCAUAUUUGAUUUCUAAUAUUUUAAUUAAAAGUUUUUUAAA